CGCGCCUCCACCCUCCACCAACUACCUUCGCCAUGCCCUCCCGCUUCGGCGUCCGCAAGAUCUUUGCCGCCUUCGGCACCGCCUUCGUCCUCCUCUCUUCCCAGCCCGUGGCCGCGCACCGCGCGUCGAAUUCCGCGUCGACGAUUAGAACCCUUCUCGGCGAGGAAGAUCACGCCCACGCCAAGGUGAAGGGGCCGCAGUGCGCCUGCCUCGCGGACGCCCAGGGCUGGAAGAUCGACUGCGCCGACUCGGCCGCCAUGUCCGCCGCCCUGACCUACCUCGAGACUGCCGGCAACAACUGCAAGACCAAGUCCCACUCGACCGAGUGCGAAAAGAACUACAACAUCAUCAGCGCGCACCACGACCACUGCGACCACGAUCAGGUUCCCGAGGAGAUCGAAAAAGAGAUCCACGAGUUCGAGGGGUACUACACCAACUGCGACAUCAAACGCAAGUACUACACGUUGGGCGGAGAAUGCGCCGCCAUCGAGUGCCACGACGCAUCCGCCGAGCUCACCACCGCCAUCGCCGACCUCGCGGCGAAUCAGUGCGACGUCGCCGCAAACUGCGCGUCAAAGUCGAAGUGCUACGAGACGUACCGAAAGAUCCUGAUGGCUCACGACACGUGCGACGACGACGACCUGCCAACGACGCUCGAGAAGGCCCUCCACGACUACGAGGAGGCGUGCGACGCGAAGCGUUGCAACACGGUGUCCGCCGACGCCGCCGCGCUCUCGCUGACGUGCCAAUCGUCGGGCGCCGCGGCGACGCGCACAGCUGGCGCUCUCCUCCUCGCGGCGAUCGCCGUCGCGACGACGCUCGUCGCGGCGUGAGACGACUCUAUUGAGGGGUCGCGUUCGACUAAUACUCGUCUCUUGUUUUCUUCUUGUUUUCGUCACAAUAAGCGUCUUUCAAAACCGAGAGAAGACGCAGUUUUAUGAUACUUAAGGAUCACCUC